GAAGCAUGCGGAGCCAUGGGCCAGGGCUGCGGACACUCCAUUCUCUGCCGGAGCCAGCCGUACCAGGCGGCUGCAUCUGACAUCCGCGGGUUCCUGCGGGCGGGGGACGCCGCUCCCGGCCCCGAGGCGCUACAGGAUGCUCUGCUGAGCCUGGGUGCUGCGCUUGAUGCCACCACCCUGCGCGAUGCCCUCCGCCAUGCCCUUGUCACCCUGCUGCCCGCCGUGGAGCAUGUCUACAUCUACCUGCUGGAUGGGGACACACGGCUGCUCUGCGAUGAUCCCCCCCAUGAGCUGCCGCCCAACGGGAAGCUCAGAGAUGCUGUGCAGAAGCAGAAGCGGCUGGAAUGUGGGGGGCUGCUCCCUGCUGAGCUCCCUGGCCGGCACCUGGGACCCCUGGCAGCGCCCCUGGCCCCUGGCACACAAGUGCUCAUCAUCCCGCUGGUGGACAAGAACAGUGGGGCUGUGGUUUGCGUCAUCCUGGUACACUGUGGCCAGCUGAGUGACUCAGACGAGCAGAACCUGCGUGCGCUAGAGAGACAUGCCCUGGUGGCAUUCCGGCGCCUGCAAGCCCUGCAGAAGUUGCAGCCCUGGCCCCAGGUCAGCCUCUCCACCAGCUCCUCCCAGACCUCUCUGGCCAAGCCUGAGAAAGCACCUGACAGCAGCUAUAGUGACCUGGACUGCAAGAUCCUACAGCUCUGUGGUGAGCUGUAUGACCUGGAUGCCGCCUCGCUGCAGCUCAAGGUCAUCAACUACCUGAAGCAAGAGACCCAGUCUCUGUGCUGCUGCCUCUUGCUUGUCUCUGAGGACAACCACCAGCUCUUCUGCCAGGUGGUGGGGGACCGUGUCCUGGAGGAGGAGAUCAGCUUUUCACUCACCUUUGGGCGCCUGGGGCAGGUGGUGGAGGAUAAGAAGCCCAUCACCUUGAAGGACAUCAGUGAGGAGGAGCACAAACAGCUGAGCAGCAUGCUGGGCUGCGAGGUCACUUCCAUGCUUUGUGUCCCUGUCAUUAGCAGGGCCACCUCCCAAGUGGUGGCACUGGCCUGCGCCUUCAACAAACUGAGUGGGGAGAGCUACACAGACACGGACGAGCACAAGAUCCAGCACUGCUUCUGCUACACCUCCACGGUGCUCACGAGCACCCUGGCCUUCCAGAAGGAGCAGAAACUCAAGUGUGAGUGCCAGGCCCUGCUGCAGGUGGCCAAGAACCUCUUCACCCACUUGGAUGAUGUCUCUGUCCUGCUGCAGGAGAUCAUUACGGAGGCCCGGAACCUCAGCAAUGCUGAGAUAUGCUCUGUGUUCCUGCUGGACCGGCUCAGUCACGAGCUGGUGGCCAAGGUGUUCGAUGGUGGAGUGGUGGAUGAUGAGAGCUACGAGAUCCGCAUCCCAGCAGACCAGGGCAUCGCUGGGCAUGUGGCCACCACUGGCAAGAUCCUGAACAUCAAGGAUGCCUACUCACACCCGCUCUUCUACCGUGGGGUGGAUGACAGCACCGGCUUCCGCACCCGCAACAUCCUUUGCUUCCCCAUCAAGAAUGAGAGCCAGGAGGUCAUUGGGGUGGCAGAGCUGGUCAACAAGAUCAAUGGCCCUUGGUUCAGCAAGUUCGACGAGGACCUGGCCACUGCCUUCUCCAUCUACUGCGGCAUCAGCAUCGCCCAUUCCCUGCUGUACAAGAAGGUGAAUGAGGCACAGUACCGAAGCCACCUGGCCAAUGAGAUGAUGAUGUACCACAUGAAGGUGUCUGAUGAUGAGUACACCAAACUGCUGAGUGAGGGCAUCCAGCCUGUGUCCACCAUUGACCCCAACUUUGCCAGCUUCACCUACACACCACGCUCACUGCCUGAGGAUGACACCUCCAUGGCCAUCCUAAGCAUGCUGCAAGACAUGAAUUUCAUCAACAACUACAAGAUGGACCGUCAGACGCUCACCAGGUUCUGCCUGAUGGUGAAGAAGGGGUACCGUGACCCUCCCUACCACAACUGGAUGCACGCCUUCUCCGUGUCUCACUUCUGCUACCUGCUCUAUAAGAACCUGGAGCUCGUUAACUACCUGGAAGACAUCGAGAUCUUUGCCCUCUUCAUCUCCUGCAUGUGCCACGACCUGGACCACAGAGGAACAAAUAACUCCUUCCAGGUGGCCUCGAAAUCGGUCCUGGCCGCGCUCUACAGUUCAGAAGGCUCUGUCAUGGAGAGGCAUCACUUUGCCCAAGCCAUUGCUAUCCUCAACAGCCAAGGCUGCAACAUCUUUGACCACUUCUCCAGAAAGGACUACCAGCGCAUGCUGGACUUGAUGCGGGACAUCAUCCUGGCCACUGACCUGGCCCACCACCUCCGCAUCUUCAAGGAUCUCCAGAAAAUGGCAGAAGUGGGAUAUGACCCCAAGAACAAGCAGCACCGCAGCCUGCUGCUCUGCCUGCUCAUGACCUCCUGUGACCUGUCUGACCAGACCAAGGGCUGGAAGACCACCAGGAAGAUUGCAGAGCUGAUCUACAAGGAGUUCUUCUCCCAGGGUGACCUGGAGAAAGCCAUGGGAAACAGCCCGCUGGAGAUGAUGGACCGGGAGAAAGCCUACAUCCCUGAGCUGCAGAUCAGCUUCAUGGAGCACAUUGCCAUGCCCAUCUACAAAUUGCUGCAGGAUCUCUUCCCCAAGGCAGCGGAGCUCUACGAGCGGGUGGCCAGCAACCGGGAGCAGUGGACCAAGGUCUCCCACAAAUUCACCAUCCGGGGGUUGCCCAGUAACAACUCCCUGGACUUUCUGGAUGAGGAAUAUGACCCACAGGCCCCUGACCCCCAGCUCAAUGGCUGCCUGGAACCUGAGGUUGGGCAGCCCCCCGAGGCUGGGGCCGAGUGAAGAAGGCGAAGGGGGGGCCACAGCCAUGGCUGGGCUGGGAGAAUCCCCAAGCCUCAUCCCCCAGCUUAUGGGGAGGAGGUUUGGGGGGAUAUCAGUGAAUCUGGACUACCACGGCAAGGGCUGUGUGCUGCCAGCAGCCGCCACUGGUCCUUCCCCACCACUGACUAUUUCCUCCCUCUGGGGCAGGUGUUCAGGUGUCCCAUCCACCCAGUAGUCCAUGGGACACUGCCUUGGUGGCUGGGAGCACCAAGGGACACAGUGGGGCUGGGGGAUGGAUGUGCUUUAAGCUGCCUUAAGACUGCAGGUCCUGUCCCCAUGGGGUGACAAUAAGAAUGAUGUCCUUGGUGGAAGCACCCAUAGAGGGCUCAGUCACCAUGACAUGGGUGUGCAUGGAUUAGCAGGACAGAGGGGGAUGGUGUGGGGCAGGAUGGCAAGGAUGGCAGUGGGAGAACUGUAGAGCGUAUGGGGGGUGUAGAGCGUAUGGGGGGUGUUGCCACGGACCAUAGAUCAGGUCCACAGAAGAAGGUUGGCUCCAGCUGGAGGAGGGAAGAGACACCAGAGUGGGAUGGCCACAGGAUGUGCCUGCAUCUCCUGCUGGGAUCCACACUAGAGAACAAGCUGCAGCCUCUCCCUAGCAGCUGCUGAGCAUCCUUUGGCUAAAAGCCCCACCCAUCUAGGAUCCCUGAACCCACUCACCCAUGGAAGGGCUCAAAUCUCUCACACAGCCCAGUCCCAUGCAACCACACAACCACAUCCCCUACAAGGGCUACACACUUGCCAAGGCUGGGGGUCCUGCUGCUGGUUUGCAUGCACAGGGGAGGGAGGCUGUGCUCCACAGGGGGUCCAUCUGGUCCCAUACAUCACCUUCACCUUCUGGUCCCAUACAUGUCCUUGCCAUAGGUAGAGGAACAUAGGUGUUCCUCUGAGGUGUCCACCAAGGAGCCUCCUCACUGCAAGCAGCUUCUCUGCUUGGUGACCAUGUUGUGAGCAUCCCUAGCUCACAGUGGCUUCACAACUCCUGCCAUACCAACCUCUGUGCACGGAUCCUGCCAACAUUUUGGGAUCCUUCUGGUCUUGCAGACCACUGGACAUGAACCUCAAUGGUCUCCUGUGGUCCCUCUGGUCCUGCAGACCACCAUGCAUUGACCUUGCUAUUUUCCUGUGGUCCCUCCAGUCCUACGUGGCACCAUGCAUGGAUGCUGUUAGUCUACCAUGGUUGAUCUGGUCAUGCAUGGACUCUGGUGUUUUCCCAUGACUCCCUCCUUGUCCUGACUGCCAUGCAUGCACCCUACCAAUCUCCUGUGGUUUUUCUGGUCCUGUGGACCACUGUGCAUGGACCCCAACGUUCUCCUCUGUGUCCUACAGACCACUGUGCAUGGACCCUGCUGCCCUUCCUGUGGUCUCUCCAGUCCCACAACCCAACCCAUAUGGACCCUCUCAGUCCCAGGGGCUCCACCAGCCUUUGGGGUCCGACCAGCUGUAUGUGAUCCUGGGCUCUAUCACCCCAGCCAAAGCCACUUGAAACACCCAUGAGCAGGGGAACUGCAGGGAGCAGCUUGCCCUCUGGGGCAGAGCUGCAGAGGGGGCUGGGGCUGAGUGGGUGUGCUCAGCAUUGAGGGAUUAGGGUGCACUGAGCCCUCAGGCUGCAUCAUCCAGCUUGUGGGGGCUGGAUGAGUCCACCACCACACCAGGGAAAGGCGAUGGGAGCUGCAUGGUAAAAUUCCGGCACUGCUGGCAUUGGUGUUGGUUGUGUUGGGAUCAAGAGUGCACAUGGGGCCAUUUGCUGCCCCAUCCCCAGUGGUGCCAUAGCAGGUCCCUCCUGGAUUUGGGCUGCAUGGUGGCUGCUUCUCUCCUUGGCUUGUCUGUAAGCAAUGACUUGCCUGUGUUCUUGGGAUACCUGGAGCGUGUGUCUGCAGGAGCAAUGGGAGACCUCAACGCUGAGCUGCUCCACGUGGCUGAAGUGACCUGAAUUCCUUUUGCCUUACCUACUCGGAGAUGCCUUUAGUGAGAUGCUUUGCCCGAACCCUGGUGGGACCCACCUGGUGACUGAGUCUGUCUGCUGGCCCACGGUUUUGCCUCCAAGACCCCCUUAAGCCCUCCCCCCCACUCCCCACACUGCCAUAGGGAGUGGGGAUGGUCCCAGAAGGCAGCAAACCCCCAAGCUGCAAGAGGAGGACAGCAGCUCCAUCCCUGUUGUGACGUUGGCACAGUCCUGGUACCAAGGUGCCAGUAGGUACAACUGUUCAAAGACAGUCCCUGCAUCCCAGUGCCGACCCAGGGAUACCUGACAAUGCACAGAUCUCUCCAUCCAAUAGAUGUGGGGGUGUCCUGCACUUGGGUUCUGCAUCCUGGGUACCACACUGUGGUGGGGGCAUGCAGGGAUGCCCUUUUCCCAGCUGUAUCCCACUUUUCCAGCCCCUGCUGCUGGUGUGUGUAGGUAGUCAAUGCUUUCCCAGCUCCUGGCCCUGUAUAUACCCCUCUGGAUACUGAGGAGUGCAGCUCACAGCCAGCCCAGCUCACCCAUGAGUGUGCACAGGUGUGUGUGGGUGUGCAAACCUCCUCCAGCUUUUCUGUCCUUCUGUCUUGCGGCACUGGUUGUUCUGGACUCCAAUGGAGCCUAAGGAGGAGAUGACUUCUCUUUCUUCCUCUCCUCCUUCUUUUCUUAUUCUCCUUCUUUUCUUCCUCCUCCUUCUUCUCCUCUUCCUUCUCCUCCCCCUACUGUUUCUUCUCCUCCUGCUCCUUCUUUAUUAUUAUUUCUCUUUUUUUGGUGGGUUUUGGUUUUCCUAAAUAAAUUUCAUAUGUCAA